AUGGCAUCUUCUUCAUCAUCUAACCAGGAAAAUCAGGCAUUUAGUGCUUUCUCUGAAAUAGAACCUGCCGGCAAAAGAAGGAAGGUUUCUGAAUCUUCAACAUUGUAUGAUGUGUUCAUCAACCACAGAGGCCUCGAUGUCAAACUUACUCUGGCUACUCAGCUUUACAAUUCCCUUGAGCAGUUGGGAAUACGGGCAUUUCUUAAUUCCCAAGAGAAGGAACUUGAAAAUUCGUUUCCUUCUAAUGUUGAGACAGCCAUUCGCUCUGCUAAGGUACACAUAGCCAUCUUUUCCCCAAGAUAUGCAGAGUCCCCUUGGUGUUUGGCUGAGCUGCUUCUCAUGUUAGAAAGCAAGGCUAAAAUUAUUCCCGUGUAUUAUAAAGUGAAGCCUUCUGAUCUCCGCUACAUACAAAGUGGACAUUACCAUGAUGCAUUCUUUGAGUAUAAAGAAAAGGGCAGAUACUCGGACAAGCUUGAUGCUUGGAUGAAAGCCCUUCAGUCUCUGUCAUUUACAGCCGGCAAAGAAUAUAACAGUGCUGGGGAUUGCGAAAAAAUAGUAGAAGUUGUGCAAAAGGAAGUUCAAAGGAAAACAUGUUUGCAUGUUGCUGAACAUCCAGUGGGGCUUAAAAAUCUUGUGAAAGAUUUUGAAAGGCGAUGCCUUCAUGAACGUGUACAAGAUUUUGAAAACCAGUACGGGCUGGGAGAAAGGAAGCAUAAGCCUAACAUCAUUGGCAUUUUUGGCAUGAGCGGACUGGGGAAGACAACUCUCGCCAAAGAGUUGUUUAACCGAAUGCGUUCAAAUUACUAUGGAGCAAGUUUUUUGUCUGAUGUGAGAGAACAGUCUAUGAGAAAUGAACUACCUUCUUUACAAAGUCGGCUUCUCAAAGAUCUCUUCGACAAAAAUCUGACAUUUAGAAGCACAGAGGAAGGAACAAGCUGUAUUGAAGAUUAUCUACAAAGGAGCCCCACUUUAAGCUUCAUGAUUGUUUUAGAUGACAUCGAUAAUGUGGUGCAGUUAAGUUCUCUACGAAUCAUGGAUAUCUUAAAGAAAUCGGAAAAUAGUCUGGUUAUUGUUACGACCCGUGACGUGGGUGUGCUUAUAACCGCAGGGAUUACUGUUGAUUAUAAUUUAAAAGAAAUGGAUAAAAAUGAUGCAAGGGAACUCUUCUGUUGGCAUGCCUUCAGCCAAGCUCAUCCACGCAGCGGGUAUGAGGUGCUGGUUGACGACUUCAUAGGCAUAUGUGGAGGCUUACCUUUGUCUCUUGAAGUUCUGGGUGGACAAGUUCGUGGUAGAGAUCAAGAAUAUUGGAGGUCAAUGUUGAUUGAAGUUAAAGAGCUGCUCCCACAGGAUGUAAAGCAAAGACUUAGAAUAAGUUUUGAUGCAUUAGAAGAUGAAGAAAAACAAAUUUUCAUGGAUAUUGCUUGCUUUUUUGUGGGGAAACCAAAGAGUAUAGCUGAAAGAGUAUGGGAGGGAUCGGGAUGGGACGCUCAAAGUACAAUGCAAACACUCAAAGAAAAGUGUCUUGUAGAAGAAAAGGUAAUAGAAAAUUUCAAUACAUAUGAGGGAGCUGUAUUGAGAAUGCAUAACCACCUGAGGGACUUGGGAAGAGAAAUGGCACAUGAGCACAGCCCUCCUCAUCGCCUGUGGCGUCCUCAAGAUCUGAAAUCCUUGGAAUUAAUGGGUCAUGAGACUAUACUCGCCAAAACCAAUGUCAGGUGUUUCCAAUCCAUUUUUGACGAGUCCAUGGGCUCUCAAGUUACAUUCUUUUUAGCCCAAUCAGAUAGUUGUGUUGAGACAUCAGCUUUCUUACUAUGGUUACAGCUUGAGGGCAAUUCCAGUGAACUACCAAGCAUUCCAUCAUGGAUUCCUCUUCGAAAAUUGCAAUGUUUAAAAAUAAAAGGUGGACGAUUCAAUAGGUUGUGGGAGGAUCACAUGCAGGUACCCUCCCAGUUGAAAGAGCUGCAAAUUUCUGAAACUUUUUUGAAAGAGAUCCCAGAUCUAGGAAUGUCAGAUACUUUAGAGAAAGUUCUCUUAGAUUCCCGAGGAUUGCCAAUAGCAGGUUUGCCUUUACUAGAAUCUCUCAAUAUGAAUCUUUGUAGUUUAUGCCUCAGGUCUUCCACAUUAAAGGGGGAGCAGGUUUCCACUAAAAGAGGCCAGAACAUUCUGCGUGAAUCUUUGGUUAUCUUGAAUUUCCAAUUUAAUGAGAUGGACUGGGAUAAUGAAAGGCCGUCCUGUAGUGCUGAGGGCCCUAUGAGUGGCCUUGAAAAGCUGGAGAUCAGCGAUGAAGACUGUGUAUCCAAGAUCUUAAUUAGUGAAAUGAACCAUCCAAGCCUUGAGUCUAUCAAACUUCAUGACAUGAAGGAACUUGUGGAAGUGGAUUUAAGAAUGAUAGAGACAUUAAGUUAUGUUGAGAUUACAAAUUGUAAAAAACUGGGAAGUGUGUUAGGAAUACCCAAUCUUGUAAAUCUUGUAGAAAUUGAAAUUUCUGGUUGUGGAAAGCUCGAGUUUGAGUACUUGUGUUUCAGUAGUAUGAGGUGUCUGGAGAGGAUAAAAUUUGAUAGAAAUGUGAUGCUGAAAUGCUUUGUGCUGAACGAUUGUCAAAAUUUAAAAACAGCACAGUUUUGUUGUCAAAAGCUUGUAGAAUUAAGCAUCCGUGACUGUCCUGAGAUCGUGGAGAUCCCAGCUUUUGUAGGUCCAAGUUGCCUCAAGAGGAUUUUAAUUGAUAGAUGUGGAAAGUUAGAAUAUCUCCAAUUGAAUGGUUGUCAUAAUUUGAAGAGUGUGUCAGGUAACUUUGAGAUUAGACGGUUGUGUAUUAGUGAUUGUCCUGAGCUGGAGGAAUUGCCAGAUCUUGCCACACUCAUCAGUCUGUCUCUACAAAGAUGCAAAGAUUUGCAAAUAGUAGCAGGAAUCUGUGACCAUAUGGAGCUUAGAGAGCUAAUUAUUAGCGACUGUCCAGAGCUUGAGGAGUUGCCAAAUCUUUUCAGACUGAGCUACUUGGAGAGAAUUGUUAUCGACUCCUGUGAGAAUCUACAUAGCAUAUCAGGCAUUGAAGACCUCCAUCUACCAAAAUAUAUGAAACUUUGUUACUGCAGCAAUGCAGUAAUACGGAAUUGCAUUCAUAAGUUGAAGGGUGUCCCAUCGGAGGUAAUGUAUAUGCUUGGAAAACCAGUGGACGGAGCAGAGUCCUCUUUAAAUGAAUGUCUGUUUUCUGAUGCUAACAUUGGCGUCGAUGGAGUGAUUGAAAGUGGUGCUUGUCCAAACUGGUUAGAAUUGAGUUUCGUUAUUGGAUGCUUUGUUGUUGUGGUUGAUAGCCAUACUUCAGUAGAGGAUAUAAAUGCAUCACUUGAUCCCAACUAUGGGCUUAAGGUGCGUGAAGGAGAAUGGAUAAUUACAAUGGUAGCAUCUGCUAAUUUGACCUGUUAUUGUUGUAAUUAUAUGGAAAUUUCAAAUGCGCUGAGGAGGCAUGGAAUAAUGAAGAAGGGGUUUCGGUUGGAGGUGAAGAAAGGUGAAGAGGGGAAAAGUUUGAGUGUGCUACAUACAAUUGUUGAUACUUUAUAUUUAUGA